AAUACCCCUGCCGUUCCCUGCCGGCAUGAUUCCCGGAGAGCCGGUGAGGGGUCGCCUCGGAACGCUGGCGGCGGAAACCUAUCCGAACCGCUUUUCGGCAAUCAGCUAAGGAUGAAAAAUCGAAGAUAUCCCGUCACAAUUUCAAUGUCGGCAGCACAAAGCCGGGCCCUUACCGUCAUCCCGGGCCAAGCCCAGGGCCGGGUCAUCUUUUCAGAUAUCCCACUCAGCUUCAUGAUGGGCGUCGACUCCAAGACGGGCAUCGUAGCGGAUGCCCACCACCCACUCCAUGGAACAUCUCUCAAAGGCUCUGUUCUCGUCAUCCCUGCCGGCCGCGGAUCCUGCUCCGGUAGCAGCGCACUCGCAGAGUUGAUACUCUCCGGCAACGCCCCUGCAGCCCUCAUAUUCAGGGAUCUGGAGAUGAUCCUUACCUUGGGCGUCUUGGUGGCCGACAAAAUGUUCGACAAGCGCAUUCCGAUCAUCUUCCUUUCAGACCCCUCGCUGUUCGACAUGUUCCGCCAAGCAUUGGCGGUGCAGAUAAACGAGACGAGCUUGUCAGUUUCACCAGGUGGUCAGAAGAUUGAUUUGGUGCCACAGAGCACAAAGGCGGUUGAGUUGAAUUCGACGGACAAAUCCAUGUUGUCUGGGGAGGAGGGCGAAGCUUCUCGUAUAGCGAUGGAGAUUGUCGUCAAGUACGCCACAGUACAGGGGGCUCAACGUCUGAUAGAUGUUUCCCAAGUCCAUGUGGACGCUUGCGCUUAUGUCGGCGAAAGCAGCCUCCUUGUUCCUGAGCGUUUGCUCUCCCUCGGUGGACAGUUUGUGGUGCCAUCGACUUGCAACUCUCUCAAUGUCGAUCGACAGAGGUGGAAGGAACUGGGCGCCAGUCCCGAGAUUUCCGAGAUAGCGAACAAAAUAGGGGAUACGUAUCUCAAGCUGGGAGCCAAGAUGAGCUUCACGUGCGCUCCAUACUUACUCGAAAGUAAACCGAAAGCCGGAGAGCAAAUCGGAUGGUCCGAGUCCAACGCAGUAGUAUUCGCGAACAGUGUGCUGGGAGCGCAUACGCAGAAGUACCCUGACUACAUGGACGUUUUCAUCGCUUUGACUGGAAGGGCUCCAUAUGCUGGAUGCCAUGCCCCAGAGGGUAGGAAUCCGACUGUCAUAGUCAAGGUCCCUCAGUUUCGGACUUUCGAUCAGUCUAUGUUUCCCCUCGUUGGAUACAGCAUAGGUAAUGUUGUUGCCGCCAAAAUCCCUUUCAUAGUUGGUAUGGAGUCAACAAAACCAUCCGUGUCAGAUCUGAAGGCCUUUGGGGCAGGUUUUGCGACAACAUCAGCUGCUCCCAUGUUUCACAUGAACGGUAUCACGCCAGAGGCCGCAAUUUUUGAGAAGGCGCUCGUUAGUUUAAAAACCGUCCAAGUGACCGUAUCUGACCUUCAACUCGCUUGGAGGCAGCUCAAUACAGCCACAGAGCCCUCUAUAGACAUCGUCUCUCUGGGAAAUCCGCAUUUUUCCCUUGAAGAAUUCUCUCAGCUUGCUCAAGUGUGUCGGAACAGAAAGAAGUCAUCAAGUGUCGAGUUGAUGAUCACCACCAGCCGAAACGCUUACAAAGACGCUCUGGAUCUCGGCUACUUGGAAGUCAUCGAGAGCUUCGGUGGCCGGCUGAUAACGGAUACUUGUUGGUGCAUGAUAGAAGAACCAGUGGUACCUCUCAAGGCAAGAAAUGUCAUGACAAACUCAGCCAAGUAUGCCCAUUACGGUCCUGGCAUUGUGGGCAAGAAGUUUCACUUCGGUGAUGUUGUGGCGUGUAUCACUGCGGCGAUUAGAGGUCAUAGAGAAGAAGAUGAGAUCAGCCCACCAUGGCUUUUCUACUGA